AUGUCUGAUAAAGUGAAAUUUCUUAUACUAAAUCCUUCACCAGAUAAUUUAAAUAAAAUUUUGGAAAAAUCAAAUACUCAGUAUACCAAAAAUGGACCAUUUGAAGCAACUAUUUUAUUGGGAGAUGUAUUGCCUGAGGGCUAUGGUUUACCAAACGUAAAACCUCUUGGGGUCACGUAUUUUUCAAAGGGUGAAAAUGGAAUCUCUGAAGUGAUAAAAGCUAAAGAAGGUUCUACGCAGAGUUCAAUUGAUGUGGCCACAAAUUUCACAUUUGUUAAACCACCAUUUAGUGUUAUCAGAACGACAUCAGGAAUCACUAUUAUGAUAGUUUCCAAAUUAUAUACAAACAACGAUUCACAAGAAAAGACGUUAGAUCUUCCUGAAGUUAAGAUUGAUAUUUUGAUAACGUAUGAGUGGCCUCAGGUUAUUGGCAGAUUAUGCAAAUUGACCACAGUUGGCAAUGACGAAAUCACCGAGUUGGUCACAAAAUUGAAACCAAGAUAUCAUUUUGCAGUUGGAAAUGAAAUUGGGAAAUUUUUUGAAUUGGAACCAUUUGCUUGGUCUACUGGAGAGAUAACCAGAUUUAUUAGUUUAGCACAAGAGGGAGGUUCAAAAGAUAAAUGGUUUUAUGCAUUUAGUAUCGGUUUGGAACAAGACACAAACACCAAAGUUAUUGAAAACCCAUUCACAGCUAGUACCAAACGAAGUAGGGGCGAAAAUAACAAUGAAGGUGAAGGAGAGGGCAAAUCAACUACAAAAGAAGUUAAAAAGCCUAAAGUUGUAGCUCCAGAACAAUGCUUUUUUUGCUUGAGUAACCCCAAUACAGAAACACAUAUGAUUGUUUCUAUAGGUACUUGUUCAUAUCUAACUAUUGCUAAAGGUCCAUUGACAAGGUCUAAUAAAAACUUGCAAUUUUCUGGUCAUGGAAUAUUAAUACCAAUUGAACAUACACCAACAAUAAAACGGGAAUCAUUGGUUUCAGAAGAAUUGUUGAAAUACCAAAACAGUCUAGUUGCUGCAUUUGAUGAACAAAAACCAAAUUUGAAAUUAGUGUUUUGGGAAAUUAAUCGAGACACAAACAUUCAUUAUCAUACACAAUUUUUACCAGUUGAAGAAGAAUCGUUGUUAAACAAGUUUUCAAAAUCACUAGACAUGAGAGUUAAAUUGAAUAAUGAAAAAUUUAAAAAAAAUCAGAAAUUAGACUUUACAAAAUUUUCUGACAUACAAGAUCCUGAAUUUGUCAAAAUAUUAGAUACUUCCAAUUAUAUAAUGUUCACUGUAUGCAAAAGCAAAACUGAAAGAGAUUAUUAUAUUGCUCCUUUAUUACCUGAAAAACCUAUAGACAUACAAUUUCCUAGACGAGUAUUAGCUCAUUUAUUAAAUCUCCCCGAUAGAAUUCAUUGGGAUAAAUGUCAACAACCUAAACUAAAAGAAAUGGCAGAUUGUGAAAAUUUCAAAUCAUUUUAUCAAAAAUUUGAUUUUACACUUUAA